AUGGAUACUCCAACCGGUUCUCCAAAUAUGUUACCACCGGCGCCGAUGAUUCCUCCGCCUAUGUUAGGUGGUAUGCCUCCACCCAUGCCACCAAGUGUUGCAAUGCCUCCAGUACCUGGGAUGCCAGCUAAUAUGGCUGCUAUUCCACCACCACUUGGUUUUCCACCUAUGAUGGCUCCCUUUACUAUGCCACCACCUGGAUUUCCUACAUUUAAAUCAGAGUUAACAGCUCCUGCACCAGAAAUAUCACCAAUGACAAAUCAGAGCAGCCCGUGGUCAGAACAUAAAGCUCCUGAUGGGCGUACAUAUUACUAUAAUUCUAUUACUAAACAAAGCCUGUGGGAAAAACCCGAUGACUUAAAAACUCCUGCAGAAAAAUUGUUAUCAGCUUGUGUUUGGAAAGAAUAUACAACUGAUGCAGGUCGUGUGUACUAUCACAAUAUAGAAACCAAGGAAUCCAGUUGGGUAAUUCCAAAAGAACUUCAAGAAAUAAAGGAAAAAAUAGAAGCUGAGGAAGCAGCACAGUCCGCUUUAAAUUCAGAAAUUUUAGCAGCUGAUGUACCUUUGCCUGCUUCCCCUGCAAUAUCAACACAAAUGUCUGGAAGUUCAGCGUUAGAUGAGGCGAUGGCUAAAACUCUGGCUGCAAUUGACCCAUCUUUGACAAAUGCAAUUCCAAUACCUGAUGAAAUAGUAAAACCAGAGGAAAUAGUGGCGCCCCCCAGCCAAGUAAAUAAUAACGAAGGCGCAGAUCAGCCGUUAGAGCUACAAUACAAGGAUAGGAAGGAAGCUAUCGAAGCUUUUAAAGAACUUCUCCGUGACCGGAAUGUACCGUCCAACGCUACUUGGGAGCAAUGUGUUAAGAUAAUAUCCAAAGACCAGCGAUAUGCAUCGUUCAAAAAAUUGAGUGAAAAGAAACAAGCUUUUAAUGCUUAUAAGACUCAAAAAUUGAAAGACGAAAGAGAAGAGCAGAGAUUAAAAACCAAAAAGAAUAGAGAAAACUUAGAAGAAUUUAUAUUAACAUGUGACAGAGUUACUUCGCUCACUAAAUACUAUAAAUGUGAAGAAAUGUUCGGUAAUCUUGAGAUCUGGCGCUGCGUUCCCGAGUCGGAUCGUCGUGAUAUAUAUGAGGACUGUAUUUUUACUAUAACUAAAAGAGAAAAAGAGGAAGCCAAAGCUUUGAAAAAGCGAAACAUGAAAACUUUAGCUCAGGUCCUAGAAAAUAUGAGUGAAAUAACAUACAGUAGUACUUGGAGUGAAGCUCAGGUUUUACUUUUGGAGAAUUCCUCAUUUAAAAAUGAUGUCAGUUUAUUGGGAAUGGACAAAGAGGAUGCUCUCAUUGUGUUUGAACAACAUAUAAGGAACUUGGAGGGGGAAUAUGUUCAAGAAAAGGAGCAGGUGAAGAAACGUAAUAAACGCCAGCAGAGGAAAAAUAGAGAUAAUUUUUUGGCACUUCUUGAUGGGCUCCACGAAGAGGGAAAACUUACAUCAAUGUCCCUGUGGGUUGAACUGUACCCAGUAAUAUCUGCUGAUAUAAGAUUUUCAGCUAUGCUAGGACAGAGCGGCUCCACGCCAUUAGAUUUGUUUAAAUUUUACGUGGAAAAUCUGAAGGCACGCUUCCAUGACGAAAAGAAAGUGAUCAAAGAGAUUCUGAAGGAGAAACAGUUUGAAGUGAAACCAGACACUACAUUCGAAGAGUUUGCAACCGUUGUCUGCGAAGACAGCAAGUCCGCUUCUUUAGAUGCCGGCAACGUUAAACUUACUUAUAACUCACUCCUCGAAAAGGCUGAAGUUAAAAACAAAGAAAAGAUUAAAGAGGAAUCGAAAGCUCAAAAGAAGGUGGAGGGUGCAUUUAAGUGGGCCUUAAGCGAAGCGGAUAUAGACCAUGGAUUACCGUGGAAUGAAGUGCGCGAUAAGCUUGAUCUCACUGCACCGGAAUUUGCCGCUAUUUCAGAUGAAGAAAACCGAAUUCGCAUAUAUAAGGACUUCCAACAUGAACAAGAGAACAGCUGCAUGCAUUAUCACCAUCCUAAACCUAAGAAAUCUAAAAGGUCAAAGAAGAAGAAGAGGUCGCGAUCUGCUUCAUUGUCGGGUUCCGGGUCACCGUCGCCAAUGGAGUCACGUGAGGAAAGAAGUCCCAGGAAAGAAGAAAGGGAAAAGGAGAAAGAAAGGGACAGUUCGCUUGAAAAGGGGGAGGUAGUACGCUCACCAACACCACCUUCUCCGACGCACUCUUCAGACGACACUAAGAAGCACAAGAAAUCGAAGAAGAAGCACAAGAAACAUUCUCCGCCACCGAAAUCGCCUACUCCGGAAGAAGGUGGCAUAUCUGAAGAGGAGGCCGCCCGGCCUAAGAAGAAAAGCAAACGAUCCGCACCAUCUAGCCCUGACGAUGAAGGAUCACACAAGCCAAAAAAGAAAAAAGAGAAGAAGGACAAAAAAGAAAGGUCGAGCGGUGCGCUGUGGAGCGACGCCGAGUUGGAGUCGCGCCGCGCUGCCCUCCUCGCCCAACUGCACGAGCAAGAGACGGACUGA